AGAGGACCUGGGCAAGUUUCCCAGUCUGCGGAGCCCAGGACAGCACACUCUUAAGGGGAGAACAAGGUUUCCAUUUGCUGUUAACACAUGAAACUGAGGUGGAACUGUGCUCCCUAGUUCUAUACAUUUAAUAACAUCUGGGAAACGGGACUCAGGUCACCAAGAUGAAAGCCCUCAUCAUUGUUGCUGCUGGAGUAAUGCUUCUGUCGCCCACUUUUUGUCAAAGCGGCAUGGGAAAUGAUGUACGCACCUUGGUAGGACCAACCUUACCUAUUAAGACCUUCCGUGGGGACCCCUUCAGUUCUUUUGAAGACUUCCCCCUUUCUGCCAUAGAAGGCUGGACAGGAACUACCACAACUGUAAAAAUUAAGUGCCCUGAAGAAAGUGUUUCAAAUCUUCGCGUGAAUAAUUCUACCAUGGGGUACCUGAACAGCUCCUUAAGUACCAAAUUGAUACCUGCCAUCUACAUCCUGGUGUUUGCAGUAGGUAUGCCAGCCAAUGCGGUGACCCUGUGGAUGCUCUUCUUCAGGACCAGAUCUAUCUGUAUGACCAUCUUCUACACCAGCCUGGCCAUUGCAGACUUUCUUUUCUGUGUCACGCUGCCCUUUAAGAUAGCUUACCACCUCAAUGGGAACAACUGGGUAUUUGGAGAGGUCAUGUGCCGGGCCACCACAGUCAUCUUCUAUGGCAACAUGUACUGCUCCAUUCUGCUCCUCGCUUGCAUUAGUAUCAGCCGCUACCUAGCCAUCGUUCACCCUUUUACUUACCGAGCGCUGCCCAAGCGCACCUAUGCCUUCAUAACAUGUGGACUGGUGUGGGCAAUGGUUUUCUUAUACAUGCUGCCAUUUCUCAUCCUGAAGCAGGAGUAUUAUCUUGUCCAGCAGGACAUCACCACCUGCCAUGAUGUCCACAACACAUGCGAGUCCUCGUCUCCCUUCCAACUCUACUACUUCAUCUCCUUGGCAUUCUUUGGAUUCUUAAUUCCCUUUGUGGUCAUUAUCUACUGCUACACAGCCAUCAUUCGGAGGCUUAAUACAUAUGAUGACAGAUGGUUGUGCUAUGUUAAGGCGAGUCUCCUCAUUCUUGUGAUUUUUACCAUUUGCUUUGCUCCAAGCAAUAUUAUACUUAUUGUUCACCACGCCAACUACUACUACAACAACACUGAUGGCUUAUAUUUUAUCUAUCUCAUAGCUUUGUGCCUUGGGAGCCUAAAUAGUUGCCUAGAUCCACUCCUUUAUUUUCUCAUGUCAAAAAUCAUAGAUCACUCCACUGUUUACCUUACGAUGGUGAAAUCAUCUUAGAGAAUAAGGAAGGCUAUCUGUGAAAACAUACAUUCUUAGGAUAACAUAUGCCUAGUGCAAGGAGUUCUAUCCUGCUGCUCCAUUUUUGAGUUCCUAAGAAAUACCGCUUCAGAAUAAAAUAUUACAAGAGCACUUUUUUACUUUAAUACUUUUUCAGUGUUUUAAGAAUGUCACUGCAGGAGCAAAGACAUCACCAUUUUCUUUAGGGCAACUGACACACUUGCCUGACUGGUACUUCAAGCUCUUUACAUCUCCAUCUUCCCUACUUCUAUGAGGCUUCUGCUGUAGGUGUCCUGGCGGAGGAGGUGGGACAUGAUGAUGCAC